AUGCAUCCUAAAUUUCCAGAGAUCGAGAGAGAUGAUGUGAUAAACGAAUUCAUUGAGUGUUUCGAUAUUCUGCUAAGGAAGACAGACAUAAAAAAUGUGCAGAUCUCGAGGGGAAGAAGUAGGCAAAAUGUAUCUAUAAAUUUUAUAAAAGAUGACCAGAAAUGCAAAAACAGUGUUAAUGGAUAUGUGAAAAGAGUUGAAAUAAAAAAACAUGGAAUCAGCUCUGGUGGUUGUUACUGCUUAAUAAGACGAAAAGCAACGAAGCUGAGGAAAUUUCUUACACACAAAGACUACAGAAGGGAUAGGAGAACAAAUAGAAAUAUGAAUGAGAUCCACAGUGAUAUAAAACAUGGUUUUCCCAUUAGUUGUUGCUACACAAGGGAGAAUAAUAUAAAAAAGAAAUCAGUAGAUGUUGAGAAUGAAAGAAAUAACAGAAGUUUACGACAUUAUAAAAAGUUCAAUGAAUCAGGAGAGAACAAAUGUAAAUGUUUUAAAGGAGCUCAAAUUAACGAUUUAAAUCAAUGGCAUAUGAACAAUUGCAAUGAAGAAAUAAAAAAUUGCCAAAAUGAGCAAUUCCCAGUAACAAGAUCUAACAAAAUUGUAGAUUCAUUAAUAAAUAAUAUCCAGAAUUAUGCAAAUUAUGAAUAUGUGGUAUGCAGAAAAAAAUGUUACGAUUGUUUCAUGUCUUUAAAUAAAAAAUGCAAAUCGAAGAAUUUUGACAAAUAUGUGUCUAUAAAUCAGUAUUUUAAAAGAAACACUUCUAACAAUAACGAGAAUGUAAAAAAAUCGUUUAUAUUUAACUACGGAUUUUAUGCGAAAAAAGGAAAAUUUCAUAAUAAUGAAGACACAAGUUCACAUGCCUCAUUUAGUUCUUACAAAAUAAGAAAGGAAAUAGAAAAAAUUAUUAAUCAUAUAAGGAGGAAUAACAUAAAAUAUAAUCUAUUUAAUGAAAUAUUGAAAAAGUUUCAUAUAGAUUCUCACAUAAUUCAGAGUAAAAAAAACCGAUGCAAUAGUAAUAGCUCUCCUCAUGAAACUAAGAUCAAUAGGUGUAAGAAAAAAUACACACACUGUUCUACACCUUCACAUGUACGUCUCUUUCGGGUUUAUUUAAAAUCUAUUCUUCCAGUGUAUCAACAGGAGAAAACCCCUUCUAACGGUACUCAGCAGUGUGACAUGAUAUGUAGCUAUUUUUAUGAAGACAAGGACAGACACAAAAAAAGAGGAAGAAACGCAAAUGUGCAUAAGAAAGAAAACAUGCAGAGGAAUAAAAAUAUGAACAGAGUUAAGAGCAAGCAUCGAGAUAACAAUAUGCAAAUGAACAGAGUUAAGAGCAAGUAUCGAGAUGACAAUAUGCAAAUAAACAGAGUUAAGAGCAAGCAUCGAGAUAACAAUAUGCAUAUGAACAGAGGUGAAAAGGAGGACGAGCACAAAAUGCAGCAGGAGGAAGUUACAAAUUACGGAGAGGAAAUGUGUCAAAUGUUAGGAGAGGAAAGGGAGGAAAAUCUUUAUUACACGCACAAUCAAAAUUUGCAUAUAUUGCAAGAUUACAAAUUCGUUUGUAAAGUUUGCAAAAAAAGUGAACACGUAAAGAUUGAAGAGAAACAGAUGUUUCAAUUGGCCUAUCUUCGUUACCUAUACAACGUUCAUAAAUAUAUCCCAUGUAAUAAAAAAAGAAGAAAAAAAAAAAAGAAUGGACGACCUUAUUGUGAGAUAAACAAUCAUACUUCAAACUCUAGUCAUUCAGAUGAAUUUAGCUAUAUGAAUUUUUUUCACGGAUACAAAAAUAAUCAUUCAAAAGAAGAAAGUGACUUGGUAACUAAUACAAGUGCUGCUAGGAUGGAAAAAGUCACUGAAAGUACUAGUUUAUUCAAUUUCUCUUCUUCCAAUUUGACGAAUAAUAUUAACAGUUCAGGAGUAAAAUCACAUGACUUAAUUUUUAGAGAAAAAAUGGACAACAAAAAUUAUACCUUCAUAAAUGAAAAUACAAGAAAUUACUAUCAUUAUAGACUAACUGAUUGGCUAAUUCAAUGCAAAACGUGCAGAUAUUUGCAUAAAUAUGAUAACCUUUCCAAUGAUUACUUACUAAAUUUUUGUAAGACGAAUUAUUUUUUCCAUCCUCUAUUUUUUCUUAACAUGUCAGAAAAAAAAAUUCUUAGUUAUUUAUCAGCUAGCCAAGAAAGGGAAAAAAAUUAUUUAAGGGAAAAUAUAAAAAACAAGGUUGAAAAAAGGGAUGAUAUAAAAAAUGUAGGUAAUGAUAACGAACGUGUGAAAUACCACUUUCGAUCAUAUUCCGAUAUGAGCACUUAUCGAUAUGGGGAGAUGUUACAAAUGUGGGAAAAUGUAAUGAAAAAGUAUGAUACAAAAGGAGAUACUAUUUAUAGACCCUUGAUGAAGAUGAAAGAAAAAAGAUGCUCUAGAAAGAAGAAAAAAUGGCUAGAUGAUUUGAGAAGGCAAAAUUUUGAAGAAUAUUACAUAAGGAUUAGAGGCAUAAGAGAAAUGCAGCAAAAUGGUUACCCGCUUGGCGAAUCGAAUGAAGAUGGACCCUCCCUGAACUGUAUGGGAAACGAAUUAGACAUGCAUUUCUUUAGCAUAUGCGAUGGUCAUGGUGGUUCGCAUGCAUCUGAAUUCCUAAUUCAAAAUGUUCAUAAAGUGUUUCACUCUCUUUUAAUUCAUACUUUUUUUAAUAUCCACCUCUCUUUGAAAAUGUUACAUCCCCUGUUAGAUUUAUUAUAUUACAGAGAGUGCAUACGUCAGAAUAUACGCACCUAUUCUGGAUCUUGCAUUAUUAACAUACUUUUGAGAGGAAAUUAUAUUUACGUAAAUAACACGGGAGAUAGCAAAUGUGCCUUAGUUACAUUUCACCUGGACAGGUUCGAAUAUAUUCAGGAUACCUCAGGAGGGGGAGAGGCCACGUGUGGCAGUGAAAAAGAUAGAAGGGAAAAUAACCGACUCUCAAAAAAAGGGAUCUCAAAAAAAGGACUCUCAAAAAAAGGGCUCUCAAAAAAAGGGAUCUCAAAAAAAGGACUCUCAAAAAAAGGGCUCUCAAAAGACCACCCCUCAGAGAAACAAAUGGAAUGCAAAGAGACCAAAAAGGAAAUCAGCCGCACGGACAGGGAUAGCAACUCUGAGAAAGACAAUUCCGACAGCAGCAACAACUGUGAUCACUCGUCCUACGUCAUCAAUCUGAAUUCAAUUUCCUACAAUGAAUUAAACUGCGAACACAACUGCAAUAAUUAUAUGGAGUACCUGCGUAUGUAUAAGUUAUAUUUUUGUGAAAAUUUGAGGACUCAGCAAAUGAGCAUAGGUGAAAGGAAGCACUAUUGUGAAAAAAUUAACGAGAAAGAAAACAGAGUGGUGAGUCCUAUCUCAGAUGAUACAUUUGGAGACAAUGACAUGGCGAAGGAGGGGGAAAAAAAAAAAAAAAAAAAAAAAAAAGAAAAAGGAAAAGUGCAACUAGAUAACCAUUUGAACGGACAAAUUAUAAAGCUAAAUAAUUUUUUACUAAAUGAAAAGGGAAAGCAAAUAAAUAUAGGGAACCUUUCUUAUGAAUUAAUAAAAUUUAAUAGAUUAGAUGGUUGCUUACAUCCAUCCAGAGUUAUUGGAGACUAUGAUUUAAAAAGAAAAUACAAUAAGGGAACUCUCAUUUUGUCAAAUGAUUCUAAUGUGUAUAAAUAUGACAUGAACAAUAUAAACUUUUUUAAUAGCAUUCAUUAUAUUUAUUCAUAUAAAUUUUGCAAUAUGUGUAAGAGGAAUUAUCUCCUAAGUAGCUAUGGCAAAAUUGCUCCUAUCAGCCAGAUAGUUCUUUUGGACACUCCGGAAGGAAAAUUUCAAAGAAUGUGUAAUAAAUCGGAAAGGGAAAAAUUGGGCUCUCUAUGUUUGUCUAAACUUUGUUGUAGUCCUAUUUUGAAUGACGACCAGGCACAUAAUAAAGUAAGGGGAAAAAAAUAUACAGAAUUGUUUUUUAAAAUUUAUAGGGACGAUUCAUCGAACAGUGAUUUAAUUAAUAAUUCUACAGAGAAAAGAGAGAAAUUCCCUGGAAACAUGAUGAAUGAACGAUUUCCACCCUAUAUUAAAAUAAAAAAUGUUUCUUUAAACAAUAAUUAUUUAUGUGGGAAAAAUAGAAAAAAUUUCUUCCAUUUGCUAAUCAUUGCCUCAGACGGGGUUUUCGAAUAUAUUAAUCCACAAGUCAUCUUAAACAUUUUAAAAAAAAAUAAAUCCGUACACGCGAAAAUACAAAAGAUAUAUAAAAUUUAUAACUCAUACAACGUUUACGAUUUGUGGACAAGCAUACCAGGGAAGAAGACUCAAAAGGAUAUAAAUAAAAUGAUGCAUAAAUACAUGUUCACGAAAGAAGAAUGCACAAAAUUAGCAAGGGACAUUGUUAAGAAUUCAAUAAUGUGUGGAAAUAUUGACGACAGUACAUGUUUUUGUGUGUUCAUAUUUCCCACUUUUUUUUUUUUUUGCCUAACGUGA